AUGGAGCAAAUCAACGGGGACGGGGCGAAGAACGUAGUCGGGGGCAGGCAGAAUCGGGAAAUCGGGGCAGCAGACAAGCGAACGAGGAUCCAGAGGGGCGAGACGGGGAGCGUAGUCGGGGACAGGCAGGUUUCAAGACACUCCUGGGCAAGACCCCGUAUUACCUUUCCUCCCUUCUCCAUCUCUCUAGAAGCACUUACCGCACAAAAUGAAAAUAAUAAAAAGGAAGCACUCAGAAUAGGGUUCAUGAACAUAAGGUCGCUUUCAUCGAAGGCGCUCUUGGUCCAUGAUCUAAUUAUUGAUAAAAAGAUCGACAUACUGGGGCUUUGUGAAACCUGGUUAAAACCAGAUGAGUUUCUAGCCCUAAACGAAGCUACUCCACCCCAUUACGUUAGCACCCAAGUAUCUAGAGAAGUUAAGAAAGGUGGUGGAGUAGCCCUGAUAUCUAAUUCUAAGCUUAAUUUAAAGCCAAAGAAUAGAUAUAUUUUCAGAUCCUUUGAGGUGCUAGCGCUCUGCACCUCAGCUCCCCGAGAAGCGAAACGAGUUCCAGACUCUUUCGUUUUACCUAUAGUAUACCGUCCCCCAGGACCGUAUUCAGUUUUUGUUGAUGAGUUUUCUGACUUUGCAGCUGAUCUGGCUACAUACUCAGACAAUAUUUUGCUUAUUGGGGAUUUCAACAUUCAUGUGAAUAACCCGUCUGAUGCCCUCGCAAGGGCUUUUCUGUCCAUUACAGAUACGCUUGGCUUCAAACAGCUCGUCCAGCACCCAACCCACAUCGGUGGAAACACGCUGGAUCUCGUUCUGACCCGCGGUGUAGACAUUUCACAGCUAGUGGUCUCUUCCUACACCUCAGCUUUAUCAGACCACAUUUUGCUCACUUUCCAGGUGGUGGUAUCCUGCCCCUGCGACGAUCAGCAAGCUACUUUCAGCUGUCGCCGCAUCACACCUGCAACCAUUACAGCUAUGGCAGAUAAGUUAUCUGGUUCACUUGCACCUCUCUGUGCAAACUCGUUGGACAUAAUUGGUGCUGUGAACUGUGUGCUACGUGUGGGCAAACUAAACUGGAGAAGAUCAGAGCUUGUGUUGGCAUGGCUAAUCCUGUCGGGCCAAGUCGUCCGGUGUUUAGCAGACGGGUCCAUCAACAGCGGCCUGCAAAACUACAGCUGGGCAGAGCUGCUAGCACUGCGGGACAGUGGAGUACUACCGUCACCUGCACUGCUGCAGGAGGUUCCGGGAGAGCUACAACGCCUUGGACCGGGCCACCCGCCGGGCAGCAAGGCCAGGAAACGGGGUAAAAGAGGCGGCGUUAGACAUCGCAUCAGGGGAGCCACCAAGCUACCACUACCUCCUAUGCUUCUCUGCAACCCCCGCUCGCUGAAAAACAAGCUGGAUGAUCUGCGUCAACAGGUGGGAGCCUGCUACGAGUAUCUUGCCAUUGAUUCAGUUGCUCCGAACGUAACUAAAAAAUGAACAUUGAAAAAACCAGCCCCCUGGUUUAAUGCAGAAACGCGCAUUUUGAAGCGAAACUGCAGGAUCCUUGAACGCAAAUGGCGCUCGACUAAACUUGAGGUCUUUCAUCUUGCAUGGCAUAACAGUCUGCUCACCUAUAAGGGUGCGCUGACUAUUGCCAGGAAUGCCUACUUUUCCAGUAUCAUCAAUUUGAAUAGAAACAAUCCUAAGUUUAUUUUAGACACGGUGAGGAGUCUCACUCAGAAACAAACUCAGACCAUAGGCUCAUCGAUCGUGGCAGGUGAAUUCAUGGAAUUCUUUGAGAAUAAGAUUCAAUCAAUUAGAGAGGAAAUUGAUGCUUGCCGUGCGGCUAAUCCUACACAUCCUGUGGGGCAGGAUGGGGUCCUGCCAAGUAGGAUGGGGAACUCUGACGCAACUCUUCUGGAGUUCAAGGCAAUUCCUUUGGUGGAACUUGAAAGGGUGAUAAAGGCAUCAAAGCCAACAACUUGUAUGUUGGAUCCUCUCCCUUCCAGGGUUCUUAAGGAACUUCUUCCAACGGUGGGGCCUGCAAUCCUCUCGCUUAUGAAUCUUUCAUUUUCAACAGGAAUUGUUCCCUCCAAUUUCAAGGCUGCGGUGUUAAAACCGCUACUCAAAAAGCCUGGCCUAGAUCCUGAAUUAGUCAGGAACUAUCGGCCUAUAUCGAAUCUGCCCUUCCUGUCCAAGGUACAGGAAAGGAUUGUAGCAAAGCAAAUCGUUGAUUAUUUGACGAGGAACAAUCUCUUUGAACCUUUCCAGUCGGGGUUCAGGAAUUUCCACUCAACUGAAACUGCUAUUACAAGAGUUGUAAAUGACAUCCUUUUAGCUUUGGAUAAAAAUACAAGCACAAUGCUUGUGCUAUUGGAUCUGAGCGCUGCGUUUGAUACGAUCGACCACAGCACUCUUCUUCACCGUCUUGAACACUAUGUUGGUUUCGGGGGUACGGCUCUUGGUUGGCUUGAAUCGUACCUCACAGAUAGAACCCAAUUUGUGCUUCAUGAGGGUGCAGAAUCAAAGCACUGUAAAUUACGCUUCGGGGUACCACAAGGGUCGGUUCUUGGUCCAUUACUUUUUGCAAUUUACAUGCUUCCCCUGGGCGAGGUUAUCCGCAGCUUCGGAAUUAGUUUCCAUUGCUAUGCGGAUGACACCCAGCUCUACAUUCCUGUAGAUUCCGGGGACUCGGCCCAGAUUCAAAGGGUUGAGUCCUGUCUGGCAGUUGUGAAGGGGUGGAUGUCACAAAACUUCCUACAGCUUAAUUCUGGGAAGACAGAGCUGAUAGUUAUCGGCUCGAAGCGGGACCGGGAAGAGUUUGAGGAUUUCUCUCUGUGGUUGGAUGGCUUCGCCAUCCCACAGAGUGCGUCCGUCAAAAAUCUUGGUGUCCUGUUUGACCCUCAAUUAUGCUUUGACCAACAUAUAAGAAGUAUAACUAGAAUUGCCUUUUUCCAUCUGAGAAACAUUGCAAGAAUCAGACCAAUGUUAUCUGCAGUGGAUGCAGAGACACUGAUUCAUGCAUUUGUUUCGUCAAGACUGGACUAUUGCAAUGCACUGUUCUCGGGAUUACCGAACUCUACCACAAAAAGUCUACAGCUGGUACACAAUGCGGCAGCUAGACUGCUGACCAGAACGAGAAAGUUUGAUCAUAUUACACCUAUUCUCGCCUCUUUACACUGGCUACCAAUAACUUUCAGAUCAGACUUUAAGGUGCUAUUGCUAACCUAUAAAGCCUUGCAUGGAUUAUCUCCAUUCUACCUGAAGGACCUGAUUAUUCCUUAUAGUCCUUCUCGGUCCCUCCGGUCUUCGGGAGCGGGCCUUCUUUCAUUGCCGAAGGUUAAAAAGAAAUCGGCUGGACAGAGAGCGUUUGCCUAUCGAGCCCCCUUCCUAUGGAAUAGGCUGCCAUCAGUGAUCAGGGAAGCUGACUCUGUGGAGCUAUUCAAAGGAAAGCUCAAAACGCACCUCUAUAAUCUUGCAUUUGGAGUGUGAAAACGACAGAUGCGAAGUGAAGACUACUCUGUUUGCUUGUGCUUUUCUUAUUACAUUAUACAUUCCCACUAUGUACUUUUCCGUUCUAAUUCACUAUUCUGUCUGUUCUAGCGUGUUGCGGGUACUGGACUGGA